AUGCAUGGGUUCGCCAACACAGACUUGUACCGGAGUCAGAAGGCGUACCUGCUCGUAGAGCUUCACGAUGUCGCGGAAUCACUGGGCCUCAAAAGCGCAGUGUACGUUUUCGGCCUCCCGCACGAGUUCAGAGACUAUGGCAAGCCCAGCUAUCUCGUGUCGGUGCAGUGGCGGAAGGUGACGGCGCCGGAGGGGAAUCCGGAAUAUGGAGAUCUCGUACCCCUCCCAUUGCGGUUCUCCCCGCUUCCACACCGUCCCGCGCGCGUACGAGCGGGGGGCUGGUGGUGGGGCGCGCACGAGCGGCGUCGUCGUGCGCGACUUCGGCGCCGCGCCCCGGGCGCGAGCGCACUCUCGUCGUCGUAUCCCCCUGCGCACAUGACGGGUGCCAGUGGACAUCAGGCAGCCGUCGGCUCGCCGCCGUCUGCGCACCACCACCGCCACCAGCAAGCUGGGCGCGUGCACACCGAGCAAGACCGCACGGGCGGGGCUGCCGCCCCCAGGGAGCACGGGCAGAGGAGCCCCUCCGAGCCGUGGAGCCUCGUCGACGCGCCAAGCAGAGCAAGUAGUGUGAGCUCCGCGAGCACGUAUUACGUUCUCGCGAGCCCGCGGCAGCGCCAUGUGCCGUAUGACGAUAAGUCGGCGACGGCGGGAAGCCCGCCGUCGUCGAGGCGGUUUUUCCAGCGGAGCGCGUCUUCGGCGAAUGCGGGCCAUUCGGGCGCGGCUCCGGCUCCGCCGCCGACGACUCAGGCGGACGCUGGCCAUGUGAGGAAGCCGUUCUACCAGCGGUUGUUCAACAUGAAUUCGGGAGGCAGGGAGAGGAGGGGCGAUGGGGUGUCGGGUGGGGUCGAUGAAAAAGAAAAGAAGAAGACGACUGCGGAUGGAGAGCAGGAGGGGCAGGAACGAGAGGCGGAGAAGAGGAGGGGAAGGAGGCUGUUACGAAGGAAUAAUACGGCGAGGGUGUGAGCGCGGGCACCAUCGACUCUUUGCUCUGGUCGUGAAUUUUGCCUUCAAAAUUGAACUCGCAUGAGAAGUUUACGAGCAGGUCUUGGAGUCGAGAGAACGUAUAUCGGAUGACAGCAUUGCGCAUAGCUGCACAAACCAGGCGCCACGCAGCUUUACACGUCCACUCCAAAUGUAUUCCCGGGCGUGUACAUGUCAGUAAGUCCAGG